AUGCCCUCCGUACCAUCUGCCACCGGGGGAGUUCCCGGGGUGUUGGGGCGCCUGCGACCCCGCACCCCGCGCGCGUUCCUGCUCGCCGACUUGCCGCGCGCGGCUCCUGCGGCAAACAACAAGAACAACAAGAACAACAACAACAACAACGAUAACAGCAACAACAGCAUCCGCAACCACGCUGCGGCAGCGGCACUAAGCGCCGGCGGCGGCGGCGUGGAGCCCAGUUACACACCGGAUUCGUCCACGCCAAGAUCCGGUUCCGUCGGCAAUGCACAGGUCAGCUACAGCUCCGCCGGCGGCGCCGCUACUGGCGGCACCGCCGCCGUCGCCGCCGCUGCUGGCGGUGGUGGCGAUGACUUGUACUCCUUUGAAGCCACAGGUUCGGGACGGUCGGCGAUGGAGUACCAAGCCAUGACGUCAGCGCUGCCGCCGCCGUCGCCACGCCGCCGCCGCCACGACGGCGACGGCGGUGACCGCGGGCUCAAGAGGGCAUCGCGGGGUUUACAGCACACGCGGACGAUAACACGAUACGGCAGUCCGUUUCGCAAUUCGAUCCUCAGUCGCAGCUAUAGCUCCCGCAGCAGCAGGAACAGACCCGUGGGUCGUUUCUGCUACAGCCCAACACGCUCGUGUCCUUCCUCUGUAGCGUCGUCCGCCGCAACCUCGGCUGUAGUCGUCACCAUUGGCACCAAUGUGCCGUCAGCUGGAGUGAAUUCCGGGCUACAGUCGCAACAGCCGCCGCCGCCGUUGCCGUCGCGGGCCAGCCUGGCGGCGGCGCUGGCGCACACAGGCGACGGCUCGCUCAGCGCCGCAUCCUGGCUACAGCCACCACCGCCGGUGACGCCGCCGCCACCGUCGCGAAACAGCGUCCCGCAGCAGCAGCGGCCGGAGCAGCAGCAGAUGUUGACUCAACAGCUAUCCGAGUCGUACGGAUCUCAAUAUGUCGUAUCCACGUUGCAAAACAUGUACGGCGGAUCUACAGGGCUGAGGCCGCAGCUGCAAGCCGGGACGUGGGGUCAGGAAAGGUCGAUGCCGACGCCGACGCCGCCGACGACGACGACGCAGCAGCAGAGGCAGGCGGAGGUGUUGGCGGAGAGCGGCUACCGGGUGCUGCUACAGCUGGCAGCCGCCUGGUCCCCGCGCGCCGCCGCCGCCGCGGCUCCCACAACACCCGCCAGUGCGUUCCACAGCGGCAAUCAGUCGGGCAAGUCGUUGGGCGGCGCUGGCAAAGGUAACAAGCUCCGGGAGAAGUACGGCACCAAGGCGGCAGCCAUGGGGCUUUGUACGGCACCUGAUCGCAGCAGCCGCCCCGCGCAGACGGCACCAGCGACCCUUAGGGCGCAGAUGCGCGCGGCGGCAGUGAUGGCGGCAGCGGCGGCGGCAACUCCGGCGCUCGCGCGUUGUCAACCGUCAUCGCGGGAAGCGCGGGUCGCAUCAGCGGCGACGGCGUUGCGUCGCCCUCCUUUCAGCACGUGGUCGGGUGCGGCCGUCUCCACCCUCUCCGCCUCCUCACAAACCGUGAGGUCGCUUCCAAGCUGCCAUACAGCGAGCGGCGAUGUACGGGACGGAUGCGGCGUCAAUCGGGUGCCGCAGCGGCCCUCAGACAUCGCGGAGCCGCCGCCGCCGCCGCCGCCGCCGCCGCUGCCGCCGCCAUCGGGCCUGGCGCCGGUUGAAGCUCCACCCCGGGGGCUUGUCGGAGGCCUUGCGCACCCAGCAAACGUAAGCGGCUUUGGCGGCGACAGUAUCACAUCGCGACGAACGACAGACGGUGUCACAGCCCUGGAUGCUGAUGCCGUACCGCAGAUUCCCAGCACAGGCAGCGGGGUCGCCGCCGGCACCGGCAUCGAGGGCGCCGAAACCUUGGAAGUAAACAGCGGCGCUCCCGUCGGCCGUACGGCAGCCUCCGUACCAUCUGCCACCGGGGGAGUUCCCGGGGUGUUGGGGCGCCUGCGACCCCGCACCCCGCGCGCGUUCCUGCUCGCCGACUUGCCGCGCGCGGCUCCUGCGGCAAACAACAACAACAACAACAACAACAACAACAACAACGAUAACAGCAACAACAGCAUCCGCAACCACGCUGCGGCAGCGGCACUAAGCGCCGGCGGCGGCGGCGUGGAGCCCAGUUACACACCGGAUUCGUCCACGCCAAGAUCCGGUUCCGUCGGCAAUGCACAGGUCAGCUACAGCUCCGCCGGCGGCGCCGCUACUGGCGGCACCGCCGCCGUCGCCGCCGCUGCUGGCGGUGGUGGCGAUGACUUGUACUCCUUUGAAGCCACAGCGUCGUCCGCCGCAACCUCGGCUGUAGUCGUCACCAUUGGCACCAAUGUGCCGUCAGCUGGAGUGAAUUCCGGGCUACAGUCGCAACAGCCGCCGCCGCCGCCGCCGUCGCGGGCCAGCCUGGCGGUGGCGCUGGCGCACACAGGCGACGGCUCGCUCAGCGCCGCAUCCUGGCUACAGCCACCACCGCCGGUGACGCCGCCGCCACCGUCGCGAAACAGCGUCCCGCAGCAGCAGCGGCCGGAGCAGCAGCAGAUGUUGACUCAACAGCUAUCCGAGUCGUACGGAUCUCAAUAUGUCGUAUCCACGUUGCAAAACAUGUACGGCGGAUCUACAGGGCUGAGGCCGCAGCUGCAAGCCGGGACGUGGGGUCAGGAAAGGUCGAUGCCGACGCCGACGCCGCCGCCGACGACGACGCAGCAGCAGAGGCAGGCGGAGGUGUUGGCGGCGACGGCAAAAGCGGCGGCUGAGAGGCACCAAGGUCCGACGUCAGCGGAGGUGGCGGCGGCGUUCGCGGCGUACCUGUCGGGAGAAGUCGCCAAGUCGCCGAAAAGGUUCACAGCUGGCGGUGACGGCACGUCCUCACUGUACGGCGGCGCCCGUGUAGCCACGGCGGCGGCGCCUUCCGCCGCUGAUCGCGCUACUUGGGCGCUACAGGGUGGUGGCGGCAGCCGCCUCAAUGACGUGCGUGGCGUGCUGCGUGAUGGAAAGGAUGGUAUCGGAGCGGGAUGCCGUGAUGUCCGGGAAGCCGAGCCAGAGAGGGUGUCUCUGUCUCCUGGGCUUCGACUCCGCCUCCGCCAGGAUCUGGGCGCGGAGACCGCAGCGGCAGCGGAGGCGCGAGGCGGCGGAGGCGAAGGCUCGGAGAAGGGCAUUACCCUUGGCGGCGGCGACGGAGGCGACGUAGAUGAUGAAGACGACGGAGGCAGUGGCGGCGCCGAAGAGGAAGUGGAGCCGAGUGCUGAAGCUCCCGCCGCCGCCGCCGCCGCCGCCGCCACUGCCUCAGCCGCCGCCGCGGCUCCCACAACACCCGCCAGUGCGUUCCACAGCGGCAAUCAGUCGGGCAAGUCGUUGGGCGGCGCUGGCAAAGGUAACAAGCUCCGGGAGAAGUACGGCACCAAGGCGGCAGCCAUGGGGCUUUGUACGGCACCUGAUCGCAGCAGCCGCCCCGCGCAGACGGCACCAGCGACCCUUAGGGCGCAGAUGCGCGCGGCGGCAGUGAUGGCGGCAGCGGCGGCGGCAACUCCGGCGCUCGCGCGUUGUCAACCGUCAUCGCGGGAAGCGCGGGUCGCAUCAGCGGCGACGGCGUUGCGUCGCCGGGAUUUCGGUAGUUACGGCGGCGGCGGCGGCAGCGGCGGCUUGGCCAGCGGCGGCAGCUUGAGCGAGGGGGCUUUCGCCAGCGGCAUGAUCGUCCUUGGCGGCAGUGGCGACUCGGCGGAGAUGUCAAAGCUGCCGCCAGUGUCGGAAAUCCCUAUGCCGUACUCGAUGUUGGGAACGUACGGCUCCGGCGUUGGCACUCCCUUCAGCAUGUGGUCGGGUGCGGCCGUCUCCACCCUCUCCGCCUUCUCACAAACCUCGCCGCCAGCGCCGCCGACAACUCCCGUACAGCUAUCACCGCCGACAGACGCUGCGGCGGAAGGCGUUACAGCGAGCGGCGAUGUACGGGACGGAUGCGGCGUCAAUCGGGUGCCGCAGCGGCCCUCAGACAUCGCGGAGCCGCCGCCGCCGCCGCCGCCAUCGGGCCUGGCGCCGGUUGAAGCUCCACCCCGGGGGCUUGUCGGAGGCCUUGCGCACCCAGCAAACGUAAGCGGCUUUGGCGGCGACAGUAUCACAUCGCGACGAACGACAGACGGUGUCACAGCCCUGGAUGCUGAUGCCGUACCGCAGAUUCCCAGCACAGGCAGCGGGGUCGCCGCCGGCACCGGCAUCGAGGGCGCCGAAACCUUGGAAGUAAACAGCGGCGCUCCCGUCGGCCGUACGGCAGGUCCUUGUGUUCCCGGAGGCGCUCGUCCAUGGCCGUUGUGCGGCGGCGGCGACGGUGGCGUCGUCAGAGUCCCCCCGACCUCGGAGACCGUCAGCAUGGCCGUGGGCUUCCCAGGGGGAUCGCGAGGGCGACGGGGGAGCAAAGCAAUGCCGCCAACACGGCUUUGUGACGGCGGGGCGGUUGAAGACGAGAUGCAUGUUUUUGCGGAAUGCCCGGCGUACAAUAGCACACGGGCAAAGUACGAUCGUGACCUCGCGUUUCAAGUGCAUGACCGAGGCCCCACCCCUGGUGCACUAGCCAGGUUCCGCUCGGAAGUCUGGGAGGCCCGGCAUGUUGCUUUAAGGCGCUUCAUGCUCAAUCGGACGAGGGAGGACGAUGAUGAUCCACCAUGUAACCACACUAAGACGAUUUACUAA